AUGUCACGAGAUUUAACGUUUAAUAAACCGAUAUUCAAUAUAACUAAACCUAAUGAAAAUGAUGAAUCAGAAACCGAUAUAAAUCCCCAAUAUCAUCAAGAAUAUAAUCUUGAUCCAUUUAAUACUUUUGAAGAGGAAGAUUUAAGUCCCACUCAAGAAACAUCAAAUCAUAAUUAUUCUGAAAGUGAACCUUCAUCAUCUUCACCACCUAGAAAUAAUCCUCCAUAUUCUAAUUCACCAUUUGUAUUUACUACUUCACAUUUCAAUAAUGAUAAUUCGUCAAGUACUCAAUUAUUACAAAGCAGUCCAAUACCAACUUAUGAUAGAUAUCCAAAAACAUUAUUUUCAAAUUCCAAUUCUGAACAACAUUCAAGAACUUCAUUAAUUGAUAAUCAAGCAGCAGAAUCAUUUAUUUCAAAUUCUGAUUAUUUUGAUUCUGAUUUUUCACCAUUUGGAGGAUAUCCCCAAAGUUCCUUCCCCUUGUCUAUUGAUGAAAAAGAACCUGAUGAUUAUUUACAUAAUCCUGAUCCAAUACUAGAUGCACAAUAUGAUAAGAAUAGAUUUUGGAAUGAUUUAAAAAAUUCAAAUAAAAGGUCAUUGGGUGGAUUAUUUGGAUUUUUAACGUUAUUGAUUGGUGCUUUAUUAGUAUUUAUAUUAUUACCAAUUUUAACAUUUACUUCAUCAAGACCAUUUGUUCCUCAAGUUUAUGAAAUUUUAACAGAUUAUGAAUAUCCAAUACUUUCUUCAAUUAGACAAGAUUUGGUUGAUCCAGAUACUCCUGAAUCAGCAUUAUAUAAAACAAUGAGAAAUGGAGAUAGAUGGAAAUUAGUAUUUUCAGAUGAAUUUAAUGUUCAAGGUAGAACUUUUUACGAUGGUGAUGAUCAAUUUUUCACAGCUCCAGAUUUUCAUUAUGCUGCUACUAAUGAUUUAGAAUGGUAUGAUCCAGAUGCAGUAACUACAGUAAAUGGAACAUUAACUUUAACUUUAGACGCUUUUAAAAAUCAUGAUUUAUUUUACAGAUCUGGUAUGUUACAAAGUUGGAAUAAAAUGUGUUUUACUCAAGGGAAAUUGGAAUUUUCAGCAAGAUUACCUGGUUAUGGAUCAAUAAGUGGUUUAUGGCCUGGAAUGUGGUCAAUGGGGAAUUUAGCAAGACCUGGAUAUUUAGGUUCAACUGAAGGCUUAUGGCCUUAUUCUUACGAUUCUUGUGAUUCAGGAAUUACAGCAAAUCAAAGUUCUCCAGAUGGUAUUUCAUAUUUACCUGGUCAAAGAUUAAAUAAAUGUACUUGUCCAGGUGAAGCACAUCCAAAUAGAGGCGUUGGGAGAGGUGCUGUUGAAAUUGAUGUCCUUGAAGGAGAAAUUGCGACUGAUCCAGCAGGUAUUAGAUCUAAUGGUGUUGCAUCUCAAUCUUUACAAGUUGCACCUUAUGAUAUUUGGUAUAUUCCAGAUUAUGAUUUUAUUGAAAUUUAUAAUAAAUCAGUAACUACAAUGAAUACAUAUACUGGUGGUCCUUUUCAACAAGCAAUUUCAGGAAUUACAACUUUGAAUAGAACAUGGUAUGAGCGUGGAGAGCCAGGAGAAACAAUAGAUCAAUUUCAAACUUAUGGUUAUGAAUAUUUAAAUGAUGAUGAAAAUGGUUAUAUUACUUGGUAUGUUGGAGAAGAUCCAACAUUUACAAUGUAUGCAAAUGCAUUACAUCCAAAUGGAAAUAUAGGAUGGAGACAAUUACCAAAAGAGCCAAUAUCGAUUAUCAUGAAUUUGGGGAUUAGUAAUAAUUGGGCUUAUAUAGAUUGGACAGCUUUGGUAUUUCCAAAUACUUUUAAAAUUGAUUAUGUUAGAGUAUAUCAACCUGAAGAUCAAAUUAACCUUACUUGUGAUCCUGAAGAUUAUCCUACUUAUGAUUAUAUUCAACAACAUUUGAAUUUAUAUCAUAAUGAUAAUUUAACUACUUUUGAAGAUGGUGGUUAUACAUUUCCAAAAAAUUCAUUAUUAGGAUGUUAA